AUGGUCAACAUAGACACAAGGGGUUUUGAGAAGAGCUCAAGUGGAGAUGUCGUAUUGAAGAAAGAAGCCUCAACGGUGUCAUGGAGUCCACUGGGAAAACAGAUUGUUUGCGGGAUGGGAGACGGAACUGGGUGGCAGAUGACCCCUGGGGGGGAAGUAAAAGCUGUUUUACCGUCGGUUCCAGGCCUGGAGAAUUACUUUAUAUCGUCAAUUGUUUGGGUUGGGAAUGCUACAUUUAUCACUACGCAUACCCCGGUCCCAUCUGAUGAUGCGAAUAACGAAUCUGUUUUUCAUGCGUUGGUGCGAGAUGGUACAUCAUAUCAGUACACGAAACUUCCUGAUCCUAUUCCGCCGUUUGGGAUGGACUCCCGAACUCCACCCUACUUUUUCCACGCCAUGAUUCGGCAAUAUGCUCCAGGCAUGAGAGAUAUGAUCAUGUUUACCAAUACUUGCUCAUCAGACGUCGGCCUUGUUUGCCGGUUUUCUACUGCAUUGACUGGAGAUCCUUCAGUGCCAGCGGAUAACUGGAUCACCGCCGGCAUCGGCGAUGAUCAUCGGAGAGCCCAAAUACCUUUGGGCGGUGAAAGCUUUUCUGAUACCUCGCCAAUCGGAAUGGCUCUGGAUUUGAGCAAUAAGGCAAACGUGAAACGCCCCGUUGGUGGAGAGGAAAUUGAGGAAUCGCCGGGACCGUUACCAAUUCUUAUGGUGCUCAAUCACGAAGGAUUGCUGAGUGCUUGGAAUGUUAUUUACAACGAUGCUAUUGAACAGAACGAAAAGUAUAAUGGAAUGAUGGUUUACGUAACGCAGGAAGGACCCUCACAAUCGGCACCGCAAACGCCACAGCAGCCAGCAUCUCAGAGGCAGUCAGUUCAGAAUAUAACGCCUAGUCCCGCCUUUGGGGUGAACUCUUUUGGACAGUCACCAGUUUCUAAUGGCAAUGGCACAUUUGGCCAGCCCUCAAGCCUAGGAAGCCCGAAUACAUUCGCAAAGCCCGCGACUGGCGCUUUUGGACAGUCUGCGGCGUCACCAACAUUCGGCCAACCCUCUAGUAUUGGUGCGAGUGGGGCAAGCGCGUUUGGAAAACCUUCUGCUCUUGGAGGAUCUAUGUGGGGUUCCACCUCAGGAGCUUCUCCUAGCGCACCUGCUCCAACUUCGGCAACCGCUUUUGGUCAACCAUCGGCCCUUGGAACAAGAUCUGUAUUUGGUCAACCUGCAACUCUUGGGGGUCAACCUGCUUUUGGCCGGACCGCUGCCCUUGGUGUCCAGCCUGUGUUUGGCCAACCUGCGCCAUUGGGAUCAGCUACUACUGCUCCAGCAUUCGGGGCACCUACUCUUAUAGGGGCAAAUAAGCCCGGAACUGCUGGAUUCAGUGCUGUUUCCUCCCUUGGAAGCCCCCCUGCUGGAGGAAGCCCGUUUGGAAGUACUUCUGCUUUUGGAGGUGGAAGUGCAUUUGGUGCGUACGCGAAUAAGGGGGGAUUCUCAGCAGCAGCGGCAGCGGCAGGUAGCGGAGAUAGUAAACCUAUCUGGGGCACAGGUAAGAGCCUAGGCUCUGACACCACGUCCACAAUGUUCGGGGGCGGUGAUAAUGUACCUAGUCCAUUUACUUCCGGGAGCACCGGUUCCUUCAAGCUAUCCAGUGCGUUCAAGCCAGACCCUGAAUCCGCCCCUGAGAAUAAACCAUUCCCUCCAAGCGGUGGUUUUGGUAGCCUUGGAGUGGGGCUAGGGGAUGCUCUUACUUCUACACCGUCUGCCAUUUCUCGCCCCGGACCACUGCCUACUCCGGGGGGAGUAUCUGAUCAGAAUAUCAGAGAUGCAAGCAUGGACGAUAGCGACGAGCAACCAGAUGAACCAAGUGACGAUGAUGACAUAAUUUCUCCUGAAGCAACAGAAGCUCGACAAGCCGGGUUCCCUUCAACACCCGCGAAGCCAGGCCUUCCCCAUGGUAUCUUCUCGAGCACGAAAGCGGCAGGCUCCAGUUCAUCUGCGAGCAACCCGUUUACGUCAGCGAAUCAAAGUUCAUCACCCUUCAGCUCUGUACCUGGCCCUUCUUCGGGAUCACCUUUUGGUGCUUGGGGGGCGCAACGCAAGACACCCUUUGGCGUUCCAAGCACUCCGCCAAAGUCCCCCUUUCCCACUACACCAAAACUUUCGAGCCCGUUUCCUGGUCCGAGUAGACCUUUGACCUUUGCUCAGUCACCCGAAAAAAGUCCCGAAUCCGCCCAAGCGGCAGUGGCAGCGCCGGUAACUAGCUCGCCCCCUCCGCCAUCGCUUCCACCUCACUCACCAUUUACUUCCGAGGAGAAGGGUCUCGAGACACUUCCAGCAUUGCCAGCAGACGAGUCCUCUACACCCGCAUUAACUGAGGAAGCAUCGUCGAUACCGUUACCCUCAGGUCCUGAAUCCGUGAAGGAAUCAAGCGGCACUCAGGCUAGUGAGUCGCCUAGCUUGCCUUCCCCGGGGCCCAAGAGUGUGGGAACGGAUAAUGAACAAGUUACCUCGCUAGACGGAAGCGAUGAUGACAAUGAUGGACACCAAGAGAGUAAGGGAGAGGGUGAUGAAGGCAAGAGAGACAAUGGAGACGAAGAUGAGGACGAAGAUGGAGAUGACGAAGAUGGAGAUGACGAAGACGGAGGUGACGAAGAUGGAGAUGACGAAGAUGAAGAUGACGAAGAUGAGGGUAACAGCGAAGGGGAUGACAGCCCACUAUCCGAGGGGUUUGUAUUUGAACCUAAGCCAAAGUUGCCCUCCGCAUCGAGUGGUCCAAGCACAUCUGAUGUUUUUGGAACCGAUACAACCUUUAGUGGGACGUUUAUUAAGGGAGGUAUUGAAGAAAACGCGCUAUUCAGUCCUUUGGCUAAAACCCCCCUCCCAGUCAAUGAUAGUGACAGUGAUCGAUCGAGAAAUUCGUUAUUAGCCAGCCCAAAUCUAAAAAAUCGUUCUCCUGGCGCCGCUGUUGGCUCCCUAGCGAACAAAAAUAAGGGGGGGAAGAACAGUCUAGGUCGACGGGGCGUGUCCAACAGGCCGCCUAAGAAACCUGACGCUUCUAAAAUACUUAGUACUCUUUGUCCGUCUGAUUUUCUCGCAUCUAGAAAUAAGCCUCAAGGGACUUUUCCCUUCCAACCCUCGGCGGACGACUCCAUAAACAAACCAGCCGGGAGCAGCCCGUUAGCUGCUCCGGCGUUGCAGGCGAAACAGGCUAGCCAAGAGGAAGGAGAGAAGGAAGUCCAAGAGGAGGAGAGAGUCCAAGAGGAAGGAGAGGAGGAAUUCCGAGGGGAGAGGGAAGCCCAAGGGGAGGAGAAAGUCCAAGAGGAAGGAGAUGAGGGACCCCAAAAGGAGAAGAAAGCCCAAGAGGAGGAGGGAGCCCAGGAGGAGGGAGUCCAAAAAGAGAAGAAAGCCCAAGAGGAGGAGAGAGUCCAAGAGGAAGGAGAGGAGGAAGUCCAAGAAGAGAAGAAAGCCCAAGAGGAGGAGGAAGUGGAAAGUGAUCUGGAUUUUGAUAACGAAUACGACGACUACGAUCCGGACCGGGUACGGAAUAAGUUGUUGAAUAGUGACGUGAAGCCUGUCCAGGAGUUGCCGAAAUUCAGGCGCAAUGGGGAGGUUGAGGUCGCAAGUGAUUUCAAUGCAGUGUUCGAUUCCAUUUACCUUAGCGGCAACAUGAUGAUUAAUAGGCUUGGCCUAACUGUUCAAGGGCUCAAAGCCUACCAUCUUGGCCAAGAGAACCCACUCCCGGAUGUGGAGCAUAAGACGGCAAAGGAAAUGAGGCAUCCACUAGACUGGAGGUUUUGCGAAAUGGACCAAGUCAAAGAGAUACUCGAGCAGUUACUUGCAAGUGUGAAGGGCGAAAACCAGGGAAACGAUGAAUUGGAAGCGAGGUAUCAAGCAGCGAGUAAAGGGUUCAUUAAACUUGAUGUUAAGGAUGCGGAAAUUAAACGGCUCCUUGCUGUUCACAACGAUGCUCAGGCCGCCGCGAUUGCUCGCGCUAGGCCACUUACGCCAGAACAAGUUCUACAACAACGGAAGCUCAGGAAGGAGUAUGCAAAAGUGGAAAGGCUCCUUAAGGAGGCCGAAAAGGAAGUAACGCAGCUCAAGGCCAAAAUCGCAUCCCGAGACAGGGACAGGCCUGGGGCCGUGGUUCCACCGACUGUGGAAGCGGUCAAGAAUACAAUCAUGAAAUUGACAGGGAUGGUCGAAAGAAAGAAUGGAGAUAUCGAUUACCUCGAAGAGCGUUUGAGACGAGUCAAAAUCAAAUCUCGAAGCGCUUCUGCCACUCCGGGCAAGUCUAGAGGUUUAACCCCGAACCAGACCCCUAGAGGAGAAACACCGCAAAGAUUUGAGACUCCAGAGAAAUUGAGAUCAUACGAUAAUAAUACUUCAAGUGUUAGUUACCCGGCGAGCCCAGUGUUGGCCCUAGCAGAUCCCUUGGAUGUUGAGGAGGCUAGGGAGGAAAUUAGAGCAAGGAAGGAGAUGGGGAGGAAAAUGAGGGACGCUCUGGAGAUAUGUGGACCUAAAUUGACGACGGUGUCAAGAUGGAGCGGUGAAAAUUAAUCUUUCUUGUUGGAAGGGAAAGUAACCUGGCUCCUUGUAUUUUUAAUUCGGUGAAAUUUAAAGCUCUGGUUUCAAAGUUCGUAA